UUCCGUUCUCACCGUGUUGAUCUUUUGUGUACAUUGACGCGGUGUCGGGCUCCGGAGGAAGAUAACGGAUGCCGCCGCCGCCGCCAGCCGAGAAACGGACAAUCGCCGCCCCUCGUAUCUGAUGUACCUAUGUGGUUUACACUCCGUGUACCGUUUCUCUAAACUAGCAGGAUCCGAGGGCCCCGGGCCCGACGCGCCUCUCGCUCGUACCCGUUAAUGGGAGCUCGGUGCAGCAAGCUAACCUGACGACGACGACUACGACGACGACGAUGAUGAUGAUGCCUCAGUGGAUUUAUCCCGGUGUCUCCGACUGAGAUGGAGCCAGUGACGUUCGAGCGGAGCUGCCCGCUAGCUAGCUAGCUAGCGAGCUAACGGUGCCCGCGUCGGGAUUCGCCGUGCCCCCCCCCCUCCCAGCAGCCCUGGAUAACGUUAGCUAGAUGGGUGCAGCCGCGGUCCGACCACACGGGAUUUGUUGUAACAGUAGCGGACGUCUCCAGCGCGGGUUCCACAGCAAAGGGGACCAUGUCAACUAGCAACAUUUGCUAACCGAACCGUUUAGGGUGAGCUACACGUGAUACACAGUCGUUGCCUCGCUCCAGCAAUUACCUCCACCCACCGGCCGCCCUUGGAUGCUACAGUGACAUCAAGCGGACGGCGUGUAUCAGGAUGGCACAGCUCUUGGACGGGGCCGGCAAACUGGGCUGGGUCCUCCUCACGGCUGCGCUCCGCUUCGUGUUCAUGAUCCUCAACAACUGCGUCGCCAUCCCGUCCUACUGCCUGUACCUGCUGCUCCUGCAGCCGCUGAGAAUAUGGGACAGCACCGUGUUCUGGCACGUCGAGGGGAUCAUGUUCAAGUGGCUGCUGAACAUGGUGUCUUCGUGGGGCUGGAUCGCAGGCUACACAGUAACGGAGUGGGGCGACGAUGUACGGCCAAUCUCUGAAGAGGAAGCCAUGGUCAUCGUCAACCACCAGUCCACGGGAGACGUGUGCACCCUCAUGAUGUGCCUGCAAGACAAGGGCACGGUGGUACAAAAAAUGAUGUGGUUGAUGGACCAUGUGUUUAAAUACACCAACUUUGGCCUAGUGUCCUUGAUCCACGGGGACUUCUUCAUCAGACAGGGUAAAGCUCACAGAGACAAGCAGCUGAUCUACCUGAAAGAUCACCUAGACAAAUACUACCACAGCCGCGACAGGAAGUGGAUAGUGCUGUUCCCAGAGGGGGGCUUCCUGCGCAAGCGGCGGGAAACCAGCCAGCUAUUUGCCAAGAAGCGCUCUCUCCCCCACCUGACCCACGUCACGUUGCCUCGUCUCGGGGCCACACACGUUAUCCUGAAAACCCUGUCCGCCCAGCUGGAGAACGGCAGCGUGGGCACGGAGACUGCGACCCCGAACCAGAUAGGUAACAAGCGCAGAGGCCUGCAGUGGGUAAUAGACGUGACCAUAGCGUACCCUAAAGCAAGACCCAUGGACAUCCAGACCUGGAUCUUUGGCUACAGGCCCCCUACAGUCACACAUGUACAUUACAGGAUGUACCCAAUCAAAGAGGUUCCUGUGGAGGAGCAGGCCCUGACUGACUGGCUCUACCAGAGGUUCGUGGAGAAAGAAGAGUUGCUGACCCACUUCUACGACACAGGAUCCUUCCCCACUCCGGAGGGACACACGGUGGCAGGUUCCCGGCAGAUGACCCUGGACCCCGUGUGGCUGUGCAUCAUUCAGUCGUUUGCGUUCGCCUCCGGCUACAUGUGGUACAGCGUCCUCCAGUACCUCUACUGCUGUUUAUUUUGAGUGCGCUGAUGAGGUGAGAGUCUCUAUCGGACCACUGGAAAAGCCUCAGGAUCGUUUGGUGUGUGGCCUCGCGUCACACUUUGCCCCCUUACGAUGGAUGAAUGUACAUUUGCAAAAGACGGAGCGACCGAACAGGAAAACGAUAAACAUAUGAAGACAAGUACACACACAGAUUACAGAAAAACCCUUACCGUACUGGUAACAGGCAUAGUUAACUUAACACAACCCUAACGCCACACUCGCUCCUGCGGCCCAGCAGAAUAAUCUCUCGCACUCGUCACGACUCACAUUUUGAUGUUUACACGUCCUCAUACACGUAGACGCUUGACGCGUACAUAACUUUUUAUUCAAAGUUAAAACGAAAUGAGGCUCAGGACUCCUCCAGAAGACGCUCUGGACCAGACUCUCUCUCUCUCUCUCUCUCACUCUCUCUCUCUCUCUAUUCCCCCUCCCAGGCUUUAGCCGUAGAAGUUUUACAGAGUAUAAAGUGUGUGUGUGGACGUGCGCGCGCGCGUGUGUGUGAGUGAAUAUAUGUGACAAGAAGCAUAAUGUCUGCCCUUAUUCUUCCUCCUGGCAAGAGUUGAUGAAGCCCACUGGACCUCUCUUUCAGCCCGCCGACUAAGCCGGCUGGCCACACCUUCCGGAGCGAGCGGCUGUAUGAACAUUGAGGCUGCACAGCCGGCCACUCCUCUGGCCUUCAUUGCACUAAGGAUCCAUACUGCCCUAAUUGCUCCCUGCCCCCAGGAAAUGCUCCUGAAUGGUAGCUGUCAAUGUUUUUUAAUUUUAUCUGUUGAUUUCUUCCCCCUAAACCCGCAUAUCACCACAACUACAGCCAACGUUACUUGUUGUGUUUUGUUUGUUUUUUGUCAUCGGGAUUUUUUUUGUCCCCGUGUCCGCCUGUUUGUCGAGGCAAUAUUCUGAGCUCACUGAGGAAAAAAAGGGGGAUUAUGUUUACACUGGCGGCCCUGCUGAAAGCCUAAAGGGACAGUGGCUAUGAUGCGGCGCUUGAUUAAGGAUCUUUUUUUUCCCCCCUGUUUCAUACGUGAAGGGAGGAAGAGGUGCCGUGAUGCUAACUCAAAAAAAGAAAAAGAAGAAAGGAAGAAAAAAAAAGUCCGGCGGCACGCAGGGCAAGAGUUGCAUUCUGAUCACCUGUGAACUAACUCCGUCUUAUGUGGAUUCUCUUUUUUCACCCUUUGCUCUUCAACAUGAACACACACACAUUUACACAGACAAACACACAUGCGCACACGGCCAUGUGCAGCUACACGGCGGAGAAGACGUCUGUCUUGAGGAUCAUCUCAGCGAGCCAGACUGAGACGGAAGGAGAAGACUCUUAUUCCCCCAUCGGACUAUAUAGUUUUACAAAUAUUUAAGCCAUAUGCUUAGUGUUUUUGGGGGUUGGGGAAAAAAUUGUUUUUUGUUUUUUUAUAGAAAGCAACCCAAAUGUUCAGCAUUCUAAAAGAGAGAUUUUGGCUUACAGAACUAUAGGUGUCAUUACUGUAAAUUUACAGCAUAACCUGCCUAACUGAGUGUGUGUGGUUGUCGUCCCCCCCAUUUUUGAUAGAUAUGACUCAUGUCGUGUUGCUCUGUGACGUCAGAGUGUGGCGGCAAACUUCACGUGGUCAAAUUUUAAUUUCAUUUUUAAAAUACAUGAACUUUUCGUCCUCAUGUCACGGUAUGUUUAAAUCUUGUACAUAACAAAGCUGAGGAAGGAGGCUUUCGUUGUUGGAAAGGAAAAAAACAACUGCUGCGUUUUUUGUCCGUGAUCAUUUCCGAGAAUUUUAGUUUCAAUUGUCAUGAAUGGGUUUUUUUUUUUUUAAAAAGAAGAAGAACAAAGCAAGGAUUUUCCCUUCACUUCUCAGUGUUAUUCUGUGUUUCAGUUUCCUUUGACCUCCUGAGCCGGGAAGUUGUUUUGUGCUUCAAGACAUUAGCGCCGCUCUACGUCCAAGUUCCGGCUGACACGUGGGCCCAGUUUCAAACUUAUACAGUUGUACAUUUUAAAUAAUCAGAAAUCGGUGGAAAACCAGACUUACCUGAUGUCCUGGUCGACCCCAAUCCCAAGUAAUGGCGUUUCCCCCCUUUCCCUCUUAACAAACAUUUGACAUAAAGACAGCUGAGCUCAAACUUGGGUCGAUGGGGAAGAGGUCCCUCUUCACUCACAAGGGAAACUGUCAGGGCCCUGCAAUGACGCAGCUGUUCUCUCUCGAAUGUAUUUGUGUUGUGGUGUUGAGCUCAACUAUAUGUUAUUUGCUUAGCCUGCUUAAAUUAGUCAAAUUGUAGAGGAGCAGCAGUAAACCAUUGUUAUGAACACGUGCUCAAAGGUGCAUUUUGGUAGUGACUGCCCUCUGUGUGCGCCCCUGUUGGCAGAAACUGUGUGAGGUGUAAAACAAGGGCUACCUGAUCGGGUAGUUGGAAAGGUUUUUAAAUUAGGCUGUAGGUGUGUUUCAUCCAGCGGCCCUUUCAGAUUCCCCUCCAUCGAGAGAGUGACGUCAAAUUAAGCUUCUUUCUUUUUUCUUUUUUUUUCACCUUUUCAAUUUUAUUUAAUUUUUCAAUUUUUUUUUAAUUUUAUGACCAUAUUUCCAAAGAAGGCAGGGAAAUAAUGUUUUCCUAGAUGUGGUUUUAGGAAAUAAACACAAUAGGGAUUUAAACAAAUUAUACUAGAACUGUCUGUAAUUUUUUCCAUUUUGUACUCCUUUAAUUCCUAGCUACACAGCCAUUUUACAACACAAAAAACUUGUGCUGGAAUAAAACAUCAUAAAGAUCCUAA